CGAUAAAUCACGCGUAUCAGCACCCUUCCGCAGUUUUCCCGUUAGCAGGCGCGUCAACAUACCAGGACAUGUUCACCUCUUCCGAAAGUUCACCAAAGUUAGUCGGUGAAAUGGAAAACGCCCACUCCCUAAAGAGCAACGAUAACAUCAACGACCGUCAAGAUAACGGAAUUCACCAUGACGGUGUGUCUGGUCACAUGAUCACGAACAAUGGCAGCGUCCAAACCCCUUAUCAUUCCUCACAACUUGCGGAUAAUAUAAAUCCCAUGACACAACUUUCCUCCUACUAUUUUGAAACGGAUUCUUCUGCCAACCCGUUUGAAGUCUCGCAAAAUAAUUCGCUGAAAACAAACUUUUUCCAGAUAUUUCAAGCCAUUCAGAGUCACUCGGAAGCUCAGAACGCGAAAGAAACGGAACCCCAGUCUCAGCAAGUCGCGCAGGCCUCACCUUCGAAAUCAAACACG